CGUGAAGUCCUCCUUCUGUGAAGAGAAACUGAUACCAGUUGAUCUCAUUCACUUGUGGAGAGAAAGAGAGUGAGAGAGAUGGCAAGUCCAGCAGCUUUGAGGCCUUUCAGCACUGUCGUUUACUCGGCAAACCGACUCAAUCCAUCAAUCUCCUCUAUUUACAAACCCAAGACUCUUCUUUGCACUGCAUCAUCUCUCUCCAAUCUUGUUGGCUCAGAAGCAGGCGUGUGCUUGAGUGUUGGAACCCACCUCAUUCCCCAUCCCGACAAGGUUGAGAAAGGCGGAGAAGACGCCUUCUUUGUCAGCAACCACCGCGGCGGAGUCAUUGCCGUUGCUGACGGCGUUUCUGGUUGGGCUGAAAAAGAUGUGAAUCCAGCUCUUUUCUCUCGUGAGUUGAUGGCUCACGCUUCUAGCUUAGUGGAAGAUGAAGAGGUUAACUAUGAGCCAAGAAGUUUGAUUAGGAAAGCACAUGCUGCUACCACUUCCAUUGGCUCUGCCACUACAGUUGUUGCUAUGCUUGAAAGGAAUGGGAUAUUGAAGAUGGCGAAUGUAGGGGAUUGCGGUGUGAGAAUCAUACGGAGAGGUCAAGUAGUAUUUUCUACAUCUCCACAAGAACACUAUUUCGACUGCCCAUUUCAGCUGAGUUCGGAGGCUGCUGGUCAGACAUUCCUAGAUGCAACGGUGAUGACUGUGGAGCUGAUGGAAGAGGAUACGGUCGUGAUGGGGUCGGAUGGGCUAUUCGACAAUGUUUAUGACACAGAAAUUCUUGAAGUUGUGGACUCAUGUGAUAAUGUUGCUGAUGCUGCAAAGGCAUUGGCUAAUCUUGCUCAUAGCCAUUCGAAGGAUUCGAGCUUUGACUCUCCUUAUUCCCAAGAGGCUCGAGCCCGGGGUUUUGAUGUUCCUUGGUGGAAGAAAUUCAUGGGGAUGAAGUUAACAGGUGGGAAGCUUGAUGAUAUCACUGUGAUCAUUGGGCAAGUGGAGAGCUCAUUGAGCUCAUGAGAGAGAGAGAGAGCACUUGCAUUAACCUUGUUUCAUUGGACUGAUGCAUGUCUACAGAAAUUCUUGGUAUUGAUUGAUUGUUAGGGGAAUAUAUAUACAUGAUGAUUUCAUUUGGAAGAAACUUAAAAACCCAGAAUUGCAAGAACAAAAAAUCAAUUCAAAAAACCAAUAUCCAAUUUCAA